AUGGCGCCCUCCUUCGUGACUAUUGAUACAAGCGACGACCUCGACAUGACUCCCGCUCCUUCGAAGCCCGUCGAUGCCCCACGUACUCUCCUCCUCGCUCCCCCCUCCAUCGCCACUCACGAGGAGAAACUACGAGCUGUCUUCACCACCUUCGACCGCCAAUCCACAGAUCUCCAAAUGCUCGACCGCCUCUCCGCAGGCUUUGUCUCACUCCCCACAAACACAUAUGACACUGUCCUAGUCCUCACCGAUUCAGACGGCUCACGGCGCACCGAGGCUCUCGCCCUCCUCACCCGCGAUGUAUAUACCGCCCUCGUGCCGUCCAUGAAGCCAGGCGCAAAGCUCCAAACACAAGAUAAACCACUCGACAUGUCCGAAGCCAUGGAAGCUGUCCUGGCCGGUCUCAUACAGACCGCCUCUGGCUUCGAGAAACCCAAUUACGAACAAGCCUCAGUUGCCAUUCCUCUCAAGUUCGGCAAGAAAAAGAAGACAGCCCCGCCCGCUACCCCCGCCAUGGGAUUCUCAGAUGACUUUAACGUGAACAACCAUGACCGGGAUGAUGAUGACGAGUUUAUUAAUGAAGACUCUCUUCUUGACGAGGACGACUUUUCGAGACCCAUUAUGCCGCCUCCAGAAUGCCAACCGAAGACCGGCCGCCGGCGACGAGCCUGCAAGGAUUGUACGUGUGGUCUCGCUGAUCGCCUAGAGGCUGAGGAUAAGGAGCGCCGCGCAAACGCAGACAAGAGCUUGAACGUGAUGAAGCUGGGUACAGACGACCUUGCCGAGGUAGACUUCACAGUUGAGGGCAAGACAGGCUCGUGUGGAAGUUGUGCACUUGGAGAUGCCUUCCGAUGUGACGGGUGCCCUUACAUGGGUCUUCCUGCAUUUAAGCCCGGACAGGAGGUGCAGAUUUUGAACGAUGUCGCGCAAUUGUAA